AUGGGGAAAUACUGGCGACCUCGUCAAACCUGCCAGUAUCCACUACAUUCUAAGUGAGCUAGCAAGUCAACUGGAAGGAGUUAAACUGGCUCGAUGUAAUAUACCCCGGGAAAGAUAAAGAUGAAAUAAUGAUCAUUAUUUGACUAAAUAAUGUAAUAGGAAAAUAAGGUAGUUUGUCAGCAGUUAAGGCUGCUAGAAAGGUUGUAAUAGACGCGUGUUGAUAACACCAGAAAUUUCUAGUGAUGUGAAUUUCGCUCGUUUUAGCCGUUCUGUGUCUUCUACACCUGUUUUAAAGAGCUCUCCGCUUUCGAGGUGCGGUGUGAAAAGAGCGCGCCGGGGCCUGAUGCGCAACUCCUGUUCUCUCUGUGACUGUUUGUUUGGUUGUUUGUUUUUUUUUUUACAUUCAGUCAUUCCUUUCUCGCGAUUUAUCUCAUUAUUUCGCUACUUUUAUUUUCAGUGAUCUGUGUAUCUUGCUUUAACUUACACAAAGUCAAGCUUGAAGAAAAUAAUGCUCUAUUGAAACAGAAAGGAAGCGAAGACAACAACAAACAGGAUGAUAACCCUUCAAGGUGCAUAAUUUCCGGCGCAAAAUAUCAGUAUCAGUACGUUGCUAUAAACUAUGUAACUAUUGAUGAAUUUCAAUGUAAAUGACUCCAAAUUAAACACAUUUCUUUCUAGAUACAAAAAAAUUGUUUAGUGUGUUGUAUUGAAAAGGUUUCGUAUCACUUCAUUUUUAUUUAAUAGGGACAGGUUUUAUGUGCGCAGCUUAUUAUGAGUCCUCUUUGUUUUAUUCUAUGAACUUUUUUAUUUAACGCCUCAACGACAAUGAGGAUAAUAAUCAAGUAAAAAGAAAACUUGAAUCCGGUAUGUGUUAAUUUUUAUUUCCUUAAUUGUACAGACUUGUAAAAUGUAUUGCAUCUAUGAAGAUCUCAGCUGCAGUAUCUUCUACGCCUUCCGUGACACCGACAGCAAAAGCAGCUGAGUGGACGACGGGGUGGAGGCCUCCGGACUGUAGCUCUGGGAAGGAGGAUGUUGCUGAAAGCGUGGCAGAGUCCGCCAUAUCAGAAUUCAAUGCCGCCAUGGGAAAGCUUAAUGAGGUUUCUACUACUAGACAGGUCAGUCCCUUAACGUUUCAGUUAAAAACGACGUGGGAUGAGGCAAAAGAGCACGAGAAAGAAGUGUGCAUCGAUAAGGCUACUGAAGCCUGUAGCCUCGUGUGUGAGAUUAUAGCGCCAAAGGCUGCACAGGAGCUACUUCAGUCCUGUUGUAUUCCUGAUACAAAGGCAGACUAUGAGGAUCUUGAACCACUGAUGCAAGCCUACAACGCUGCUAAGAAAAGAAACGUGAAGACUCAAAUUCUGAGCCUUUAUGCCUAUAGAUAUCCAGCGAGGACGCUUCAGAGGAUCCACGAACCAUUUGCGAAGCUAACAUCUUGGCAAAUCAAACGUGCUAGAGCUCACGCAAGGGAAUGCAGUCCAGGCUCCUUAGUAGAAAAGCCGCCUUCUCAUAGGGUUCGACUUCUCCCAGCGAAACUUGACCAUUUCUUAGACUUUGUUAACCGGCCAUACUUUUAUCAAGAUGUUGCAUUUGGUACAAGGAAACUGAAACUUAAAAGCGGCGAGAAACUCACAAUGCCGAACAUCAUACGUAAAGUAACAAGAGCAACAAUGAUCAGGCAAUAUCUAAAGUUCUGUGAAGAAGAACAAUACGAACCCCUAAGUCGCGCGAGUCUAUUUCGUGUUCUCGAAGUACGGGAGGCCUCACAACAGAAAUCCUUGAGUGGUUUAGACAACACAGCUGCCGAUGGGUCAGCGGCGUUCGAGCGCCUACAACGAAUAGUAGAGGAGCUUGGUCAUAUUGGCCUAGAGAAGAGCUUGGCAGAUGAUAUAAGUAGAUCUCUUCGGGACGGUAAGAAGUAUUUGAAAACAGAAUAUCAAAAGAAUUGCAAAGAUAAUGAGAGCUCAUGUCCAGAUCAUUGCCGUAAGUUGGGUCUAAGUGACCCGAAUGAUCAAAAUUUUCAAGAGAAAUGUACACAUGAACAUACCCUUAGCUGCCCUCAAUGUGAUGACAUCACUUCCUGUUUGCAUAAAUUGCAACAAACCGUCAAUGACAGUGAAAGCUUACGCUUUUACAGCAAAGAACAGAAAGAAGACUUCCUGUACGACAUCGAGAAAGCUUCCGAUGCUAUUGUACAGUGGAAAGCCCACAUUAUGAGAGCUGUAAACCAGGAAUGUGCGAAACAAGAUAUACUGGCAGAGCUUGAUCAGAAUUCGUGCCUUCUAGUAAUGGACUGGGCUAUGAAGUUCUUGCAGCUUCGUUACAGAGAAAAAAAAACUGAUUGGUAUGGUAAGAGAGGGCUCAGCUGGCACAUCACUAGUGUCGUGACCAAAGACAUGUCCAGUGCAACUGAGGUUCUCUCUUACGCGCACCUUUUCGAUCAGUGUACACAGGAUUGGUUCUCAGUAGCUUCAAUUCUAGAAGACCUUCUGACAAAACUAAAAGCCAGGAAUCCUCUCAUCCAAAGAGCAUAUUUAAAGUCAGAUGAGGCUGGUUGUUAUCACAACAGCUCCUUGAUUGCUGCUGUAAGAGAUAUCGCAAAGAGAGUUGGUGUUACAGUACAUAGUUAUCAUUACUCAGAGCCACAGUCUGGAAAGGAUAUUUGUGAUCGUAUCCUGUGUCCACUGAAGUCCUCCAUCCGUAUGUACUGCAACGAAGGUCAUGAUGUUUUAACUGCUGCAGACAUGAGAGAUGCCUUAAUACAACACCCGGUAAAAGGAACAUCUGCCGCGGUUUGUGUAGUCAACGAGUCGAGAAAGAGUCUUUCGGUAAAGAAGAUGGAGCAGUUCAGCAGCUUUCAUAACUUUGAAUAUGAAGCUGAUGGUCUUAGAGUGUGGAAAUGCUAUGGUAUAGGCGAUGGAAAGUACAUUCCAUAUGAAAUGCUUUAUGUCACCAAUCAGGUUCCAACCGCUCUCCAAACAGUGGAAUCCCUAGAAUUCUAUGUACCACUUGGAAAACGAGAGGUAAAACCCAGUUCAGAAGCUAGCAAGAGUACUGAGAGUAGUACACCACUGUUUGAAUGUUCAAAGCUCGGUUGCAACGAGGCCUUUGAAUCCUUUGCGCAGUUAGAGCUGCAUCUUGAUCGAUGUCGGUAA